AUGACAGUAACAUCUACUAACCAAUGGCCUACAGAGCUCUGUGACUUGGUCUAUCAUUUCGUCCUCUCUACUGGAACAGAAGUCCGCCUCAAAGCUCAUCGCGCGCACGGCAUCUACAAUGACCAGGAGUUCGCCAGUAACUCAGCUCUGAUCGCCGCUAGUCGCGAAGUACACCGUGGCCUGUACACGGCCUUGAAAAAGAAAGCAGCCAGCGAGCGCACGACUUUCGUCGUCAAAGUCGUCAAUUUCCACAAUUUCAUCGAUGGCAUCGCUCAAUUCACCAAGCUCGGCCUGCAAAAUAUCGGCUACGGCGAUGGCAAACAGGAUGACACCAUGAAGCCCAGACUGCUCCUUCGUUUCGAGUUUGGCACUUUUGCAGAGAUCAUGGGCGAAGACGGAGAGCUGGAGAACAAAUGCAUUCAGGGGCUGAAGCAUUGGUUCAACACGGUCGGAGAUACCCAUCGCGAUUGCGGCUAUGAUAUUGGCAGAAUUGACGAUGCGUACAUCAUGAGAACGGUGAUUGGUUUCUUUGAGGAUGUGGUCGAGAGCGGGCUCUUUCACAGCUGCGUGGAGCUCAAGAAGUUGAGGGACGUCUUCUUUGCUUGGGAGAGCAAGCAUCUGGCGACCGAGAAGAAGGGACCGUCACUUAUCGUCGACUUCUAUCAAGACUCCCGCCUCUUCAAUGAGGGCCUCCGUCAUGACAAUAAAACGGAAUACGAGGAUGGUGAUACGGAGGGUGAGGCAGAGUUUGACCCAGACGCCAAGAAUGAGGACGACGACGAGGAUGACGAUCCAGACGAGGACGACGAUAACGAUGACGACGAGGAUGAAGAUGACGACGAGGAUGAAGAUGACAGCGAGGAUGAAGAUGACAGCGAGGAUGAAGAUGACGACGAGGUUGAAGAUCCCGACGAGGAUGGAGAUCCCGAAAACAUGUCUGUCAGUGACGAUUCGGUGGAGGGCGACGAGGAUGAUGAUCUCGCAGAUGAGGACCGUGGCAUGCCCGAUAGCGGCUACUAUGAAUCCAGAAUGGCUGAGGGAGCCGCGGGGCUUUCCAGGCACCCAAUGGCACGUCGGUAG